UGAGCAGUGUAUACGUUCCGUAUAACGCGGAUAGGUUCAGUUCAGUGUGGCUCAGUCCGUACGCAGCGCGGCCGCGCGCCGCGAUACUAUCCGAUAUUUAAAAACAAACGUGUCGAAAUAAAAGUGAACGUGAUAUUUUUGAGUGAAAUAAAAAACCGUAUGUUUUCAAAAAUGAGGCGGAAUAUCAAGAUAUUGUUUUUGAUUGCUGUGGCGUGGUUUUUCGCGCUGUUUUACUUCAUGCAGACGGAAUCGACGCAGAGCAAGAUACACGAUGAAGAAAACAUCGCGCUUCGUCUUAUCAAACAGCACGCAGACGUUGAAGAUACAGAAAGCAGUCCCGCCUCACCUGAAGACAACUACGGAACUGGAAGUACAGGCAAGACGUACUUUGAUGAAGGCGGCUAUGUCUCCGGAGACAAGAGAGACAAGGACCCCUAUGUACGGAACCGCUUCAACCAAGCCGCAUCCGAUAUCCUGCCUAGCAACAGAGCUAUACCUGACACGAGGAACGCUAUGUGCCGUUUAAAGAAAUACGACGAGGACCUUCCUGAGACCAGUGUUAUAAUAACGUUCCAUAAUGAAGCGCGGUCGACGCUACUUCGCACUGUUGUCAGUGUUCUCAACAGAAGUCCUGAACAUCUGAUAAAAGAGAUCAUCCUCGUAGACGACUUCAGUGAUAACCCUGAGGACGGCGCGUCGCUCCGAGCUAUCCGCAAAGUUCGUGUGAUCAGGAACUCAGCUCGCGAGGGUCUAAUGAGGUCUCGAGUGCGGGGCGCGGACGCCGCCACUGCGCCUGUACUUACCUUCCUAGACUCGCAUGUGGAGUGCAACGUGCACUGGCUGGAACCACUGCUGCAGAGGAUUAAAGAGGAUCCAACUAGGGUAGUGUGUCCAGUAAUUGACGUCAUCAGCAUGGACACGUUCCAGUACAUCGGCGCAUCUGCCGACCUUCGCGGCGGCUUCGACUGGAACCUGGUCUUCAAGUGGGAAUAUCUAUCGCAUGCGGAACGCAGCGCCCGUCUGAGUGACCCAACGCAGGUGAUCCGCACGCCCAUGAUCGCCGGUGGUCUCUUCAGCAUGGACAGGCAGUAUUUCAACAAACUUGGCAAGUACGACAUGAAGAUGGACGUCUGGGGCGGGGAGAACCUCGAGAUAUCUUUCAGAGUAUGGCAAUGUGGGGGAUCACUAGAGAUCGUUCCUUGUUCCCGGGUGGGGCAUGUGUUCAGAAAGCGGCAUCCCUACACGUUCCCAGGAGGGUCGGGGGCCGUCUUCGCGAGGAAUACGCGCCGCGCUGCUGAGGUCUGGAUGGACGAUUACAAGGAACUCUAUUACAGAUCACAGCCUUUGGCAAAGCAAGUCGAUUUCGGAGACAUCUCUGAGCGGGUGCGACUCCGCGAGAAGUUGCACUGCAAGCCGUUCCGAUGGUUCCUGAAGAACGUGUAUCCGGAGCUGCAAGUGCCGACGCUUGAGAACUCGGGUGACGCGCACGUCAUACGCCAGGGUCCGCGCUGUCUAGAUACCAUGGGUCAUCUAGUAGACGGCACGCUCGGCAUGUACCCCUGCCAUAACACGGGUGGUAAUCAGGAGUGGCGAUUCGAAAACGGCCUGAUACGACACCACAGUCUCUGCAUCUCACUUUCACCCGAGGACCGGGUGACUGCUGUCCUGGCCGCCUGCGACCCUACUGACGACGCCCAGAUGUGGCGACGGCAAGGAGAGAUCAUCCGCCACGCGAAGCUUGACGCAUGUCUCGAUGCAAGCAGACCCGCCUUAUACCUAGACCAGUGUGAUCAAUAUAAAUUCAGCCAGCAGUUCUCUUUCUAAUGAAGUUUUUUCAUUUUUUCUGACUGGUAAGACUCAUAUUCGAGUUUGCGUUGUAACAGGGUAUUUUUUUGUUUUAACACCAUUAAUUUGCAGUUUUUAUGAGUGUUAAAGACAACAAUUAUACUUUGUACUUAAUCAGGAUGA